AGAAAACUCUGGUGCCAGGGACCCUGGGUGACUCCUUAUGCCCAUUCAACAACUAGGACACAGAGGUCAGGGGGACAUUCCUGUGGCCCCAGGUGUCCAUCUCUGUCUGGCUUGACCAUGCCCUGCUGAGGAUGAGGCCAGGGCCAGAGCUAGUGAGGUGGCCGGGGAAGGGGGAAAGGGCCGAGGGCAGCCCAGCGUGGUGAUUCCACUUGUUCGAAAGACCAUGGCUCCCUGCUCCAUCCACCAUUCCACGGAUCUGCUGCCACUGCCUCUGAAUGCUGCGGCUGCUGCUGCUGCUGCUGCUUCCACUUCCUGGCCUCAGCCUGCGCCAGCACAGGUGAGUGAAGGAUCUGCCCUUUGGGGACUCAGGAGUCCUGCAGGACUCCUCCAGCUCUUUUCCGGGGUGCCCAAUCCUGCAUUCCUUCCAUGGGGCCCAGGAGCUCUAUUUCCCCAGCCCUGCCUUGGGGCCCCCACUCACUCACUCACCCUUCCCAGGGCCUAGGUAUCUCUCAGCCUCACCAGGGUCUAGGAGCCCUCCCCACACUUUAUAACCUCCUCCUGCCAUCCGCAGCCCUCCCUGCUACUGGCCUGUGGUCCUGUGAGCUGCCCUUCACUCCAUCCAUCCUUGGAGACCGAGAUGGCACCCGAAGUGGGGGGCACUGGAGGUUGGGAGAAAAAUGGGCAGAGGGAGCUGAGCCUGAGGGUGGGGGAAGCACAUAUUGUCUUUUGCUCACCCACCCCAGGAUUACCCUUGAAGGGUUCCCUCUGUAGCUACUUACUUCUGAGGUGCACAGACACACACAUGCACAGAGAAAGAAACAGACACCACAAGCACAGAUACACACAGGCAUGGAACCACCCACAGCAUCAUCUGGGACUCAGGUAUAGGGCUCAUGGACAGGCUCACAGACAGACCCAGACUGCAGACAUAGCCAAUGACACCCUGAGAGGAAUACACACACACACACACACACACACACACACACACACACACACAUACACACACACACACACAGAUACACACAGAGGGAUACACACACACAAAGGGGUACACACACUCCUUCAGGGUCACAUGAAAUAGCCCCAUGAAACAACCUCAACACACACUGGACACACACACACACACACACACACACACGGAAAACACACACACAUACACACACACACGGAAAACACACACACAUACACAUACAGGUAUGAUCAGGAACACCAAAAGGAGCCACAGAUUCACACACAUGCAACCAAUACACACACAGACAGGAAACACAGAUGCAUACAGAUACUCCCUCAGGGAUACAUGUGACCCAACAAUAUAAUAUAGCCACAGACAGAGAAUUACACAGCAAACAUACCCUCAUUCAGAGACACAGACACAGAUACACAUGCAUACACAGAAGACUCUUGGAUAGUCAAAAGGCAGAAAACUCAUGUCCACAGUCACUAUACCCACAGACACAGAACUCACAGGGGCACAAUGCAGAUUACACACACACACACACACACACACACACACACACACACACACACACCGUCCAGGACAGCUCUGGCACUCCAGUGGAGGCCACGACAAGAAGAAGGGGUGCACAGACUCUGGCAUGACCUGCCCAUCUCAGUUGUCAUUGAAGGGGUGUUUUCAUGGAUUCAACCCACUGCUGGGCACCUGCCCCAUGUCAGUGCCUUAUUGAGGGUUGUGCCUAGGCCUAGACUCCAGAGAGUGGCCAGGGUAUGGUGGCCACAGGGAUAGGGGCACAGGGUAGGGACAGGGUACACUUAGGUGAGAGUGCUUCAUGGGGCCAGAUCAAGUGAGGUGAGUCUCCCCAGGACCCUUGGGGUGUGUCAGAGUGGGCUGUGCCCUCUCCCACAACAAUAGCACUAAUGGCAUCAUCAGGACUAGUAUAUGACAGCAUUAUGGUCACCACACAGAUGAAUGGCCAUCAUCCUGAGGUGGAGGAGCCAGGCUGUGACCUUGCUGCCUGGUUUGGCUCAUCUUCUGUACAGGGUGACCUGGAGCAAAGCUGGGUUGUGGUGCCAAGCAUCUCCGUGGCCUCUCCUCCCUCUGGAGUCUCCAGGCCCCAGCUUCCCCUCUCCCAACGUCCCCUCCCAGACCCAAGUCAGCAGUGAGCCUUUUCUCAGCCUGGGUACAGCCUUCCCUGUGAGGGCUCUGAGCCCAGUUCCCCAUCUGUGCAAGGGGUUGGAGAUGGUACCGACCACUGGGUCCUGAGAGAUGAUGUCUGCAAAGGAAAAGGCUUAGCACAGGCCUGAAACUGGAGCGAACUGUGGUUUCCACCUGUGUUACCUUUAACAGCUGUGCAAAUAUAAGCCACCAGACUGGGAAGGCACAUGCCUCAUGGAGGUGAUGACACUGAUAUCCACUAGUGCUCAGCACGUGGCUUUCUCUUGUCCUCAGCACAGUUCUGGACACCGGCAUGGCCACUCCCAUUUUACUGAAGGACACCAGCCCAGGGUCCACAGCUGAUCAAAUUUAUGAGAAGAUUAAGUACUCCAUGAAGGAAAAUGCAAACCUUGCAGAAAAAAUAUCCAUUUGUGAACAGAAGGAAGCUGGGACUGAAAGAGCGGGAGCAGGUGGGAGGGGAGAAGCAGCUGUCAGCCGCAGAGGAGACACUGAAAUUAGCUGCAGAAGAGCUAUGGAACUACAAGGCUUGUGAGCUGGAGAAGGUGAUGGCAGAGCAGAGCAGGGAGGUUGCCUACUUGAAAUGCAGACUGGAAGUCAUCCACAAACAGAGGCUUCCAGAGGAAUCCAGGAAGCACAAACCAAUGGCAGCAGGACCUGACAGAAAGAUACCUCCAUGGAGAGGCUAUCGGCCACCCACCCCUUCUGCACCCUGGUGGCCUCUGGGACCUUACCCUCCACCUCCACCUCCACCAUUUGAGCCUUUAGCCAAUCCAGAAGCUGGUGUCGCUCCCGUAAGUCAAAACAAGCACUUUACCAAAAAUGCUGAAAAGGACAAGGGCAGCGUGGAUCCAUGGGGACCUCCUCUGUUAACUGGAAGAUUCUGCACACCCUACCCUAGAGGCCAUUAAGUAUGCAAGAGGGCCUGGUCCUUUCCCAGGAUGGCCUUGCAGGCCCUACCACAUGGACCACCCUUCAUCACCAGCCAAGGGCUGUGGGCCACCUCCCCCUCCUCCACCAGCUCCUCCACCUACUCCAUUUGGACAACUUGAAGUUUGAAGAGGACCCUAAACUGUGACCAAUAGGCUGUGGCGAUGUGAUAUAUUGAGAAAAGUUGUCUGAUACGCAUAUUUGAAUGAAUCCUUUCCCUGACCAUUCCUGUCCCCUCUAUUUUGUCUGUCCUUGUUUCCUGUAAUAAACCCAUCAUAGUUCUG